GCCUCUUCCUCAAUAAAAUAAUCAUCCGCUAAUCUUCUUUUUCUCCCCUUGUCAACAGUCAACGCUUUCUCAAGCAUGUUCUUCCGGAUCUCUGUCGCAAGUACCCGAAGUUGAGGAAGAAUCUCUACCCCGAUUCUAGAAUCAGCGAUGAUGAAGAGGAGGAUAACCAGCCUCCCGGACCUCCCGCGUCUCCUCUGGCCCGUCCGGGUCAUCCCGUUCCACAGCAUGGCAUCUCUGCCGCUGGCCCCCACGGUUCUUAUGGACAUGCGUUCAUGCAUCCCGCCGGCCCUCAUGCGCCUAAUGCCCCGAUGGCUAGGCCUUUUGAUAGCUUCAAUCGGCUUGUCUCGGACAGAGGCCAGUCGUUGGGCUUACAAGGUAUGCAUAGCACGCAAUCUACUGGUUCUCGCGCCGCGCAGACAGGUAGUCCUACGACGCGCCCUAGUGGCCCGACGAUUCUGGAUCGUAGCGGCACACCUAUCCCCACGUACCCGGUGGGACCACUUUCGAUUCGCUCUGGCAGUAGCCAGUCGAUGCGCCGCAGUGUGACACCUUCUACGCAUAUGCGUAAUGUGCAACGUGCUCGCCGUGAGCAGGAGCAGGAGAACAUAGACCCUAGAUUGCUCGCGCAGUCGGGACCUUGGGCCAAUCCCCACGCUAACAACCAGAACUUCCGUAAUGGCCCUGGUAAUCGUAAUAUGCUUACUCCUAGCAGUGGCAAUGCCGGCAACCACGGUGGAAUGUCUUAUGGCAACAACAACCACCAGCCUGUCUUUGGUAGCGGCUACGGUGGAACACCGACUCAUGGCUUUGGUCAUGGCGACAAUACCGCUUUCAACUCUUACGGCAAUUACGGUGGUCCUGCUCCGAACCCCGGACUGCAGUACAAUGGCUUUAACGGUGGCAAUCCUAUGGCUCAAUCGUACCAGGGUAAUGGUUUCGGAGGCCAGUAUGGUGGUAUGGGACCUGGUGGUCCGCAGCAGCCCGGCUUCAUGAACGGGGACUUCGCGACUAACUACGACGGUACGCCCAAUCUCCAAUCUUACGAUUCUCCCAUGCAGUUCAACGCUCCGAAUAUGGGAGCAUCUGGUCCCGAGCAUGGGUAUGGUGACUUUGGCCUACCACCGUCUGUCCCCGAGCCCCAGCAGCAGCAAGCCGCCCAGGAUGAGUCUCCUAUGCAGGCAUUCAUCGAGGGGCCCGUUCCCCCCUUGUUCGACGAGUACCUCGAACGCAACAACGUACAGUUACAGCAGUUACAGCAGGGUCCUUCAGCGGACAACACCGCCGCCGCCACGACGCCCGCGGCGCCCGCGGUUCCCGAGAACCAAACUACUGCCUCUGACGCCAACGUGGGCAUUCCUCCCCCGGCGCCCGUCAAUGAACCCGCGCCCGCCCUUGCACCUGCACCUGCACCUGCUCCGGCUGGUCCUGCCACUGCUCCAGCUGGUCCUGCCACUACUCCUGCUGGACCUGCUAUUACUCCUGCUGGACCUGCCACUGGUCCUGCCACUGCCCCCCCUGGUCCUGCCACUGCUCCAGCUGGUCCUGCCACUGCUCCAGCUGGUCCUGCCACUACUCCCGCUGGCCCUGCUCCUACUCCGGCUGGUCCUGCGCCCGCCCCUACGCCUGUGGCUGCGCCUGCUCCUGCUGGUCCCGGCUUCCAGCUUCCCCCCAAUCUAUCAUCUGAUCAGCUCUACGAAUGGUACACGGCAAGCGGCUUCGCGGGACAGCAGCAGCAGCCGCAGCCCGCCGCUACGGAUGCCCAGGGACAGGGACAGAAGCGCAAGGCGGAUGACGACGAUGAUGCGCGCGAGGACGACGCCAAGAAGCAGAAGCGCGACGACGGCGCCGGUGGUGACGGUCCCGGAACUGGUGUUUAAGAACGGAACUUUUCUCUUCGCACACUGAUUGGGCAGGGUAUUUGCAUGGGUUUCUUUGAUUUUCUUGAUUUUCUUUGAUCUCUUCUCUUGAACUCCUUUGGCAAAACCGUGGUCCUCGCCGACGCCGUGAUCCGAGGUAUGGUCUAUAUAUGUAAGCCAGCCUCGUCGAAUCUCUUGGUGAAGGGCUAGCCUUUGGGGUGAGAGGGUUCUCGUUUAGUUAGUUUUGUUUUCGGGUAUUUGAGUUCACCAUGAUGGAGGGGGGUUCGUUUUAUGAAAGGGCGUUACGGGUAUAAGUCGCAUUGCAAAGGUGGGGUAUUCCAGGAAUUCGGUACUAUAAUGGCCAUCCUCAAAUCGAGGGUACUGGAAUCACACCUCUAAUACUACUGGUUUCUUACGA